AGGAAGCUGCGCGCCAGGACCUUAUGGUGCCUAAAUGCCUCGGGAAUCUGUGGCUGCAAAUUAGUUUCUACACGUAGGUUUCGUUGCGGCUUCCUAUCCGCUCGUCAUGGUGUCCGAGAAUAAGGGACAGCCCGGGCAGAGCAGGAAUUUGCCAUGGGUUGAGAAAUACCGACCACAGACUCUUGAUGACCUGAUUUCUCAUCAAGACAUAUUAAGCACAAUUCAGAGGUUCAUCAGUGAAGACAAACUCCCUCACCUUCUAUUCUAUGGACCCCCUGGGACUGGGAAGACAUCUACAAUUCUUGCCUGUGCAAAGCAGCUUUACAAAGAUCGAGAAUUCAAUUCUAUGGUUUUAGAGUUGAAUGCUUCAGAUGACCGGGGCAUAGAUAUUGUCAGAGGACCAAUUCUAAGCUUCGCAAGUACCAGAACCAUUUUUAAAAAAGGCUUUAAGCUUGUGAUCUUGGAUGAAGCAGACGCAAUGACUCAGGAUGCACAGAAUGCUCUGAGAAGAGUGAUUGAGAAAUUUACAGAGAACACUCGCUUCUGCCUUAUCUGCAAUUACCUCUCAAAGAUCAUACCAGCUCUGCAGUCCAGGUGCACCAGAUUCCGCUUUGGACCUCUCAGUCCAGAGAUGAUGGUUCCUAGACUUGAGCAUGUCGUAAAGGAAGAAUGUGUAGAUAUCAGUCCUGAUGGAAUGAAGGCCUUGGUGACAUUGUCAAAUGGAGACAUGCGCAGAUCACUAAAUAUCUUACAGAGUACAAACAUGGCUUAUGGGAAAGUAACAGAGGACACUGUCUAUACCUGUACGGGCCAUCCUCUGAGGUCUGACAUAGCCAAUAUUCUUGACUGGAUGCUGAACAAGGAUUUUACUUCCGCCUACAAAAAUAUUAUGGAACUGAAGACAUUGAAAGGCCUGGCUCUUCAUGAUAUUUUAACUGAAGUUCAUCUCUAUGUGCAUCGAGUGGACUUUCCAGCAUCGGUUCGAAUGCACUUGUUAAUCAAGAUGGCUGAUGUAGAGUACAGACUGGCAUCUGGGACAAGUGAGAAGAUUCAGUUGAGCUCUCUGAUUGCAGCUUUUCAGGUGGCCAGAGAUAUGGUUGCUGCUGAAGCCUAGAGCCACAAGAAAUGAAGAGUGGGCACUGAGCACAGAAGUAUUUACAGUAACUUCACAGCAAUUCUAAGAACAAGAGAUAAACUGACAGAACCCACAAUUUUAUUAGAAUACAAUCAUAUAGUGAAGUAUGUUGAGGGAAGUGGACAUUGUACAUAUGUGAAUUCAUUAUUUGUUAUGAACAAUUUUUUCUAAAAUAAAACUAAUUCCUGAAGUACAAAUGUAUCAUAGCAGUGCCUGGAUCAGCCUUUCAAUACAACUUCUGUAUUAAAAUAGAAAUCUCAAGAUGGUAUAGACUGAUCUUCCUAGUUUCAAAUUAAUUAGCUGGUGCCUUAGUGAACAUAAAACAAGGAUUGGAGUCAGUCGCUCCUCGCUGAAUCAUGGUGGCACAAGCUAGACUGUCCCUCAGGAAGUGAGAAGGGGCCACAUCUGCUACUUGAGGUAUUGGCUGACAGCACCUGAUGGAGAUGCUUAAAAGGGAAUGCCUGCCCAAAAAUGUUUUUUUCAUAAUGAUAAUUUUAAAGAACAUUUCAAUAACUUUUAUUUACUUCCUAAUUCUACAUUGGUUUAUGUAACUGCUAUAGUAAGCCACAUUUUCUGUACAUAGAUUUUUCCCUACAGUGCCUUGCCCACUGUCUUGGCUGGAGGUGAGCUGAGUGCCAAUAAAAUCCCUCAGUGGAAUGUCAUAACUGCAAACAAUAAUUGUAUAUUGAAAAAUUGCUUAGCAUUUUCUCAUUAGACAAGAAAUAAAAUCAUUUUGGGACAGUU